UUCAUUUUUCCAUUUUUGUUCUGUUCAUCUCAAAUCUCUCUCCCUCAGCCAUGUUCUCUGAUGAAAUCCUCUCUCCGUUGCGUUUCUGCGUUUAAUUUCCAGCGGCUUCCUUGUUAAUCGGUUUUCUCUGUCCAGUUUUCACAGGAUCGGUGGAACCGGCUAGGGUUCAUGGAAGUUGCAAUUCGGGAGUUUAAUAUUUGAGGGUUUGAAUAUCAAUUGAACUCCGGUGUUAGUGUUAUUAAAAUUAAGCGUUCGGUGUUCUCGAUUGUGAAGCUUGGUGAUAGAACGCAUCCGAGAUGGGUAGUGAGGAUCGUGUCGAUGAUCGGACGUUCAAGGUUGAUUUCAGUGGCGAGGGAAUGGCGAAGCUCAGAGAGAGGAUAAAGCUGAAGAUGAAGGAAUUCAUGGGCGAUUAUACUGACGACACUCUCGUGGAAUACGUGAUUGUCUUGUUGAGGAACGGCAGGCGCAAAGAAGAAGCACAGAAUGAACUUAAUGUAUUUUUGGCAGAUGAGAGCCGUUCUUUUGUAUCUUGGCUGUGGGAUCAUCUGGCUUCAUGUUUGGAUUUAUACGUGGAGCCGCCUACUAAAUCUUCUGCCAAUGACAAUGAGGUGCCCAGACCAAAGUCUCCGGUAGAAGAACCAGAUAUAAGAAAUAAUUCUAACAAUCUGGAGUCUGAUUCAGAAAGAGGGAAGUCGGAACAAUUAUCUAGCAGACAGCAUAAUAGGGAAUGGAAAGGAAUUGCUAAUGAUGAAACCCGUGUUGCUCCAAGAUCUGAAGUUAGUCGUGUCAAGCAUUCUUCUCCUGAACAAGUUCCCAGUCACAGGAAAAGGAGCCGAGAUGAUGAUCAUCAAGGCACUGAGAGGGAGGCAGCCUUUCAGGUAAGCAUUGCUGCCCCUCGGCGGCUGCUCCAGUUUGCAAUGCGAGAUGCUGUGGCCACCACGAAGCCCUCUAAUGAAGAUAAGGAGACCCUUCCAAAGCGUCUUCGUUCGGUUGUUUCUGUAUCCAAUAGUGACACAACUAAUCGUCCCAGGCGGCUUCAAUCUGUUGCGAAAGUGCCAAAUCCUAUGGCAACUGUUAUUAAGGCUGUGACUGAGGCAGCUGAAGAUGUGAUAAGAGUUAAAUCCUCCAGUGUUUUUGACCGACUUGGUCGUCAAUCUUGUGAUAUGGAUUUAACAGAGUCCAGUGGCCAAAUUGCAGAAUAUGGAGUAACUGUAGGGGAUGAUAAAUAUGGGGAACUCAAUCGUACACAGGAUCGACCAUACUCAGCCACCUAUCUCGGGAGAAGCAAUUAUAGUGGGAAAUAUGCUCCCAAUGAGGGCAUGUUUGAACCUGAAACUCGAUUAGCAUCAGAUUCUAUAUCUGAAAAUGAAGAUGUUAAUAUUCAGGGUCACAGAGUACUUGAUGAUUCUUGGACUGCAGAAUCAGGAGUGAGAAAGGGAGGCAAUUUGCGAACUGUGCCAUUCAGGGAUGUCGAGAACUCUGAAGAUGAACGCAUGACACAAUACAAACAGAAGGAUCAACCUUCCUUAGUUACAAAUUCCUCACGUGACAUUGUAAACAUCUCUGUGAAUGUUAAUACUUGGAAACCACCUCACUAUCAGGACCCUGGGCAGAUUCCUGAACUUGGUGGUCAAAAGUUUUUGCAGGAGGGUGAGUUACAAGGUACCGGAUCUGCUGUGCAAGUUACGGAGAAUGGUGAGCCAGUUAAUAUUGUUAACCAACAGAAAAGGCCUGCAGCAAACCUUCAAAAAGAGUUCCAGAAGCCUCCUGUAUCUGCUAAUGGCCAAUUUGCUGCCUCUCGUCCUGUAGAGGAUGCUGAUGCUCGAACCAUUUUUGUUAGCAAUGUUCACUUUGCUGCUACAAAGGAUACCCUGUCUAGGCAUUUUAACAAGUUUGGAGAAGUUGUAAAAGUCAUCAUAGUAACCGAUGCAACCACUGGGCAACCCAAAGGGUCCGCUUAUGUAGAGUUCAUGAGAAAAGAAUCUGCAGAGAACGCGUUGUCUCUUGACGGGACCUCGUUUAUGUCUAGGAUUCUCAAGGUCGUAAGGAAAAAUAGUUCACAAUUAGAAGGUGCUUCAAUUGUUACCAGGCCUCGUGCUGUGCGUGGCUCGCCAUUUCCUACUCCUAGAUUUACCAGAGGUCCAUUCCUGAGGGGCGUUCCUGGUGGACUUAGGGCUCGUCCCCCACUAAAACUUGGUGCCAGGAGCAUGCAGUGGAAGCGAGAUAGUCAGACCACAACUGCUGACAAUGGUGCUUCUCUCUCUGGUAAUUCUGUACUCUCAUCUGGUGCUCGAAGUCUCACCUACGUUCGAACAGAACCUAAGCCAGCGGACAAGUAGGGGAACCACCACUCGAUUGAUAGAGUUGUUAUCUCCUCAAGAAACUGUUCUCAAAAUUAUUUUGCGGAAAGAGAAUCACGCAGAUCAAGUAUGACCUCCCCAAAUUUGGUUUUGUUUUUUGUUUUGGUGGUUCAUGAUUCUUCGUGCAUCAUGGUGGAGGAAGCUGAGAAAGCAGAGACCAAGGGAAGUUCUAGCAGUUUCUAGGAGAAAUAUUUUUUUUGUUUCCAUUGGGGAAUGGAAAUUGGUGAGUUUAUAGCUAGGAAACUCAUGAUGGCGGUUCAGAUGAUUUCACAAUUUUGAGCUCCCACCGAAUUCUUAUUCAGCUACUAGAUUAAAUUUGUGAAUAGAGUAAGAGU